UUUAAAAAAAAUAUUUUUACUUUCGACGGAAAUAUUUCUAUUUAUUAUAAAUUGAAGAUCUAGAGGACCGAGAUUGUAUGAUUUUUCUAGGCAGCCAAACGGGUCCAAAAGGAAAGAAGGCCGAAAAUGGAAUCGUCGAACAUCUUUCCGACGUUUUUACAAGUCAAUGCAUCAUUGUUGAAUAGAAGAGGAACUCCCGCUAUUGCCAUUUCUUCAAUCCCAGAGACCAAAAACAGUGGCGAACAAGCAGAAAGUGCGAGAAAAUUUGAAGAAACCGUAGAUGAAAGGCAAAGGUGGUUGGAGCCCCAAGUUAGAAUUGCCGCUUCUCUUCCUCUCAUGGUCCCUUUUCUUCCUCGCUGGCCUCUUUGGGUCCAUGCUGUUCUCUCAGGAUGUAAAUGGAGUUCGAUCACCGCCGAGAUUGCUUGAAUCGGUGGAGGAGGAGUACAGUUCGAUGCCGCAUGGAGAGACUGGAGAGAGUUCUGUUGAUUUGAUCCCAUUUCAGGUCUUGAGUUGGAAACCACGAGCUCGCUAUUUUCCUCACUUUGCAACUGCAGAACAAUGCCAAAGCAUAAUUGAAAUGGCAAAGUCAGGCCUUAGUCCAUCAACCCUGGUUUUGCGAAAGGGAGAAACUGAAGAGAGCACUAAGGGAAUUAGAACUAGUUCAGGUACAUUUAUUAGUGCAUCAGAAGACAAAACUGGAAUUCUGGACUUCAUUGAGCGAAAAAUUGCUAAGGCUACAAUGAUUCCAAGAAACCAUGGAGAGGUAUUCAAUAUUCUGAGGUAUGAGAUUGGGCAGAGGUAUAAUUCACAUUAUGAUGCAAUCAGCCCUGCUGAAUAUGGACUACAAACAAGCCAAAGGAUUGCUUCCUUCUUGUUGUAUCUAUCUGAUGUAGAAGAAGGUGGAGAAACUAUGUUUCCUUUUGAGCAUGACUUGAAUAUCAAUACGUUCAAUUCCAGAAAAUGCAUUGGCUUGAAAGUGAAGCCACGAAGAGGGGAUGGACUUUUAUUUUAUUCAGUGUUUCCAAAUGGCACAAUUGAUUGGGCAAUGAUGCAUCAAUGACGCAUCCAAUAAAUUGAGCAGGCCAAUGAAUUUUAAAAGGGUUCAUAGUUUGUGUGGUUUCUCUUCCUUUUUACGAUUUAUUUGGUUUCUGAUAAGUUGGGGGGGAGGGGGGGUUAAAAUCAGACUGCCAUUUGGGGCUGAAUUCCAGUGGCAGCUUUUGAUGUUCUGUUUUUGUAGGAUUCUUUCUUAUCUUUCAAUGUGCUGAGCUUUAUUGCAGACAUCUAUGCAUGGAAGCUGUCCAGUGAUUGAAGGGGAGAAGUGGGUGGCUACAAAGUGGAUCAGAGAUGAACAACAAGAAGACUAAUAAUGCAUCAAAAUUCAUUUCUUUUGGGAACCGUUACUUAUAGUUCAUACAAAAGAGAAGACUGUUUCAUGUAAAAGGCAACUAUUUGGAUACAUUAUUUUUUCACAUACCAAAUAUGAGGGGAGCAAAGUGCCACCCCACUCCUCCCUCUCUGUCUCUCU